AUGGAGAUCAACCCCGCAGUCACUUUUAAGCACGACCGUUCGAUUAUGUACGCCAAACGACCCAAGGUCCUUAUUGUUGGAGCAGGUCUGGGAGGACUGACCCUCGGCACGCUUCUUCACAAGGCCAAUAUCCCCUUUAAGAUCUACGAGCGAGCCUCUGAGGUCAAGCCCAUCGGUUUGGCAAUGUAUUUCCAUGGAACCACUGCCAAUCUCUUCAAGCAAUGUGGCAUCUAUGAUGAGUUUGUCUCUUCUGGCAAGUUUGUCUCCGCAAUCAAUGUCUGCAACGAGCAGCGUGAGAUUCAAUACAAGAUAGAUUUCCAAGGUCACAAUGAACUGUUUGGAGCCAACGGAUACAUCAUCAGUCGACCGAAGAUCUAUGAUUUGUUCGCCCGUCAAGUUCCCAAGGAGCACAUUCACUUUGGCAAAAAGGUCUUGUCGAUGGAGAAUGGAGGCAACGGGGUCUUGAUUCGAUUUAGCGAUGGAACCGAGGCUGAGGGUGAUAUCCUUGUCGGAGCAGAUGGCGCUUACAGUGCUGUGCGUCAGUGUCUCUACGCCAAGAUGAAGAAGGCGAAUACCCUCCCAAACUUUGAUUCGCAGCCCCUUCCUUUCAGCACUGUCUGUCUCGUUGGCCAGACUCGUGUUCUCACCCCUGACGAGUUCCCCGAUAUUGCAUUGGAGGAAUGUCAGUUCCGUAACGUUGUUGGGGACAACCGACCCUAUGCUUGGUCGACGUUCACGACAAAGCAAGGGACAGUCUGUUGGAUUUGUGUUCAAUAUCUCGACGAUGAAUCAAGCAAGGAGAACGACGCCUUUCGUAACUCGGAAUGGGGUCCCGAGGCUGCAGCAGCGAUGGCCGCACAGGUCCGCGAUUUCCCUGUUGUGAGUGGUGGCAACAAGAAACUGACGCUUGGAGAUUUGAUUGACUGGACCCCCAAGGAAUUCAUGUCCAAGGCGAUGCAGGAGGAGAAGGUCUUCAAGACUUGGUUCGACUGCCGCACCGUGCUCAUUGGCGAUGCUUGCCACAAGUUCAACCCAGCAGGAGGAGUGGGUGCAUCCAACGCCAUGCACGACGCCCUCGUCCUGGCCAACUUGAUCAACGGUCUCCCCUUCCACCCCAUCGCUAGUGAGAUCGAGGCAGCUUUUAUGGCCUAUAAGCGUGAACGUUACCACAGGGUCAUGGAUGCCUAUGAAUCGAGCAAGAUUUUUAAAGCCAUGGCUGGCCAGAAAACGAUGGCAAAGGUGGUUCGAUUUUGCGUGAAGAACAUGCCCCAGUGGGUGUUCCAUCGGGUCCAAAUCCAGACUACAGGCUACCGCCCCCAAGUGGCGUUCUUGCCUCUUGUCGAGGAUACUGGUCGAGUUCGACCUGCGCCUCAGCCUAGUUUAUCUGUCAUGUCACCCGACGACUCCAAGAAUAACGUGGAGAAGGUUGAUUCUACGCCAGUGGCCGCUGCUGCUAUUUAA